GUCAUCGCCCCUCGUUUUAAAACCGCACCUCCUUCCCACUCCCCGUCUCCCAAAACCGCAAGAGCCACACGCCCCGCGCACCCACCACUCCACGCAUCGGAGGAGAGAGAGAAGUCGUCGCCGGAGCGGAGAUGGCUGCGGCGCCGGGGGGGACGCGGGAGGAGAUGGUGUACAUGGCCAAGCUGGCCGAGCAGGCGGAGCGGUACGAGGAGAUGGUGGAGUUCAUGGAGAAGGUCGUCGCGGCCGCCGGGGGAGGGGAGCUCACCGUGGAGGAGCGCAACCUGCUGUCGGUCGCCUACAAGAACGUCAUCGGGGCCCGGCGCGCGUCCUGGCGCAUCGUCUCCUCGAUCGAGCAGAAGGAGGACGGGCGCGGCGCGGCCGGCCACGCCGCGGCGGCGCGCGGGUAUCGCGGGCGCGUCGAGAACGAGCUCUCCAACAUUUGCGCCGGGAUCCUGCGCCUCCUCGACGAGCGCCUCGUCCCCGCCGCGGUGGCUGUCGACGCCAAGGUCUUCUACCUCAAGAUGAAGGGCGACUACCACCGGUACCUCGCCGAGUUCAAGACCGGCGCCGAGCGCAAGGACGCUGCGGACAACACCCUCUCCGCCUACCAGGCCGCCCAGGACAUCGCCGUGAAGGAGCUGCCGCCGACGCACCCCAUCCGGCUGGGCCUCGCACUCAACUUCUCCGUCUUCUACUACGAAAUCCUCAACUCGCCCGACCGCGCGUGCUCGCUCGCCAAGCAGGCCUUCGAUGAAGCCAUUUCUGAACUGGAUACUCUUGGGGAAGAGUCCUACAAGGAUAGCACCCUGAUCAUGCAGCUUCUUCGCGACAACCUCACCUUGUGGACUUCUGACAUGCAGGAUGAUGGCGGCGACGAAAUGAGGGAUGCAAGCAAGCCCGAGGAUGAGCAGUAGCCAAGGAUCCUAGUGACUGUCAACUCUAUCACUCAAUCCUUGGGGUAGUUGUGAUGCUUGUACAAGGGCCAUUUUCGUGUGUCCUUUAUCAUCGGGUCUUUACUUACCCCUCGUUUCGUUAUAUUGCUAUUGUCACCCCCAUGUAUUAAUUUUGCUUUCCAACUUAAACUGUAACCCUGUUAGUGUGUGGGAGAAUAACUUGAGCCUGUAGCUAGUACAAGGAUUGUCAACUCCUAUGAACUAUGAUUGGAUGUUUAUCAUGUUUGAUAUAUAUUUAUCAAGUGCCCACUGAUGGCUAGGUUGUGGUUGA